AUGGCAGACAACCAGAACCACCAGACAGACACUCGUCCGUCCGCAGAACGCCAUCCAACCUCAGAUCCCUUUACAGACCCGAACCCGAACAAGGAGGGGGCCCGUCAACAUGCCGCCAAGGUCGUCGCUCUGCCCUUGGCUGCCGCAGGAGGUGUGGUCGCUGAGGUCUCGAGAAAGGUUAAGGAGCUCGUCACUGGACACAGCACAAAGAUCGAUACCUCUCAUAAGGACUAG